UUGAUAUACCCACUUUUUUAUUUGAAAGAUGAUUGCUACUUUUGUUCUUUGUGUCCUGUUUUACAAAUCCGUGACUGGAGUCUGUCCUGAAGCGUGUAACUGUACAAAGUAUUUUAACAGUAUCGGGUUAUUUAAAGGGAUUUUGGUUGACUGCUCUAGUAAAGCAUUAACAGAGAUACCUGCCAACUUCCCAAAAGACACUUAUGAAUUAAUCCUUUUCGCCAACAACUUAUCAACAAUACGGGGAAAUGCUUUUAAUGGUCUUUCAAAACUACGGACACUAGACCUAUCCCACAGCAGGAUAACCAGUCUACAGACAAAUGCAUUUAUUGGUCUGUCAAGGCUAUGGGUUCUAGACCUAUCCAGUAACAGACUAGCCAGUAUUCUGGUAAAUGCAUUUAAUGGUCUGUCAGGACUGUCGACUCUAUACCUAUCCCACAACAGGAUAACCAGCAUACACGAGAAUACAUUUAAUGGUCUGUCAAGACUAUCGCUUCUUGCAAUAUAUAGUAAUCCUUUUCAUUGUGAUUGUGGGUUGAGAAGCUUUGUCAGAUUUCUUCAAUCAAAGAGAGUUGCCUUGUACAGAGACCAUCCAGAAUGUGCUUCUCCUAGCCAAUUGAAAGGAACCCUGCUCACCAAUCUAUCAGUAUCAAGCUUGAGGUGUCCUCCCAGUGACAUUGUUACCACGCAUAAUAAAACCGAUGCUGAGAUGAGAACAUCGUCAUUGACCUUGUCUGUCUGGGAAAUUACCCCUCCGACUACGUUUUCUCCAAAUAAUGCUGUUGUUUUCACCACUUCAGAAAAGAAUCAUUAUAUAUAUGUCCAGAAGUUAUGUCAGCAGAAUUCCUCCCUCGUGUUGCCCCAUCCCAGGGAAUGUCAGCUAUAUUACGACUGUUCCACCAAAUACAACACCCUUCCUCCCAAUUUUGUGCAGCACAUGAGAGAGUGUCCUUUUCCGGAUCUAUUCUCUCUGCAGACGUUAAGGUGCGAAGACUACAGACAUGUGACAUGCGCAGAAAGAACGGAAUAUAAAACUGCAUGUAAAUAUCGUGCAAAUCAACUCAAUGUCUAUCACGUGAUGUGUGUAGUGCACGAUGUUGAAACACAGGAAACAAUUUCUCCGGGAAUUCUGGGAAAUUCUCUGGACUCCUUACAGGGGAGCAAGGAUAUGAAGGAUAACGCCUUUAUAAAUCCUAACUCACUGGUUAACUCUCGGCUAUCAUUAGAUGCACUUAAGAAAGAUUUAUGCAGCAAUUGAGUGUCUUGAUUUUAUUAUAAUUUUUUAAUCGAUUUUAUUUUAUGUACGUCAUGAUAAAUCACGCAUCUUUAAAUCGAUGACUUGAAUGAAACCAGGGCUUAAUUAUAGCUUUUUGAAGUAGAGAUUUUUAGGUACUUUUAUGUUUGAUCAUUUAAAUCCCACUUAAAGAUGUAUAUAUAUGCAUGUACCUGUUCGAGCAACAAUAAUUUCGGAAAUAUGCAUUUAAUGUACGUCUUGUAUUAUGUUAAGAAGUGUGCCAGAAUUAUAAUUGAUACAAGAAAAAGCAUCUCAAAAUUGUCAAAUGU